AUGGAGUUCAUGCGAGAGUUCGAGACGCUCGGGCACAUGUCGGUCAUCUCACCAAACGAGCACGUGACUGAGGAUCGGCUGUGCUACCUGCCUCACCACAGGGUUUUGCGCGAGGCGACAAACAAACUACGCGUCGUAUUCAAUGGUUCUCAGUACACACGCGACGGGCACUCGUUAAAUGGCACGCUCAUGAUCGGCCCGAAUCUACUCCCACGGCUCGCGGACAUUUUGCUUGCGUGGCGCCGACAUCGGUUCGUGUUCGCGACCGACGUGGAGAAGAUGUACCGCCAGAUUUUGGUGUAUCCGGACGACCGCGACUUGCAACGCAUCCUGUGGCGAUCGACGAGCGGACUGCAGUUCCGCCUGAAUACGGUGACGUAUGGCCUCGCGUCCGCACCCUUUCUCGCGAUCCGGACUCUUCAGCAGCUGGCCGUUGACGAGGGAGACCGCUUUCCACUGGGUGCGUCUGUUCUGCGCACGAAGGUCUACGUAGACGACAUCCUGACCGGGGCAUCCUCCGGGGCGGAGACCAUGUUGGCGGCCAACAACGAGCGACUGCUGGAGGGCAUUCCCGAAGAACAUCAUACCGCCGGAGGACCGCUUACGCUGCAGGCGCUCGAUGCGACUCAGUCCACUCUGGGUCUGGAGUGGGAUCCUUGUCGCGAUAGUUUCUCUUUCAUCAUUCGCCUUGGAGGAGAAAGCGCUACAACUAAGUGCGACAUUCUCUCCCAGGCAGCGCAACUGUUUGAUCCGCUGGGUUGGAUGUCACCCGUAACGAUCCGAGCCAAGUGCAUCAUCCAGACGACGUGGCUCAGGCGCAUGGGAUGGGUUGAACGCUUGCCGGACGAUGACGUUGCUGCGUGGAGAACAUUUGACCAGGAUCUUUCUCAGCUGCUCAGCCUGAGGAUUCCUCGCUGGGUGGGUCUAGAUCGUCCUGGGGGCGCCGUUGAGGUCCAUGGAUUCUCGGACGCCUCGGAGCGGGCGUAUGCAGCCGCGCUGUACUUAAAGACGUCCGAAAGCUCCGACGUCAGGGUGUCUCUGCUGCUUGCGAAGACCAAGGUGGCCCCCCUGCGACAGAUCUCGCUGCCGAGGCUGGAAUUGUGCGCCGCAUCUUUCUUGGUGAAAAUAGCGGCGCACGCGGUAGAGGUGCUCAAAAUUCCCUCGUCGGUCGUUCAUCUCUGGUCCGACUCGACGGUGGCGCUGGGCUGGAUUUGA